AUGGCUUCCGUUAAGGCUGUCAACGUUCAGCUCCCAUCUCUGCCUUCGGGCUGGAGUGCCGACAAGGACUUUAAGCCAGUCGGAACCCUUUCUCCGGCCAUCAAGCGCAACUUGGAGCCCGUUGGCCCUCACUUCCUCGCCCACGCUCGCCGUAAGCGUCACAACCGUACUUUCUCCGAGGAUGAGCGCAUUGAGGCUCAACAGAACGUCAAGAAGACGGAGGCUGAGGAUGACAAUGAGAUCUCCGAGGACGAGGACCCUGUGAUGAUGACUCGCGAGGCCAAGGACUGGAAGGGCCAGGACCAUUACGCCGUCCUCGGUCUCUCCAAAUACCGUUGGCGCGCAACCCCCGAGCAGAUCCGCCGCGCCCACCGCAAGAAGGUCCUGCGCCACCACCCCGACAAGAAGGCCGCUAUGGGCCAGACCGACGAAGACGACCGCUUCUUCAAGUGCAUCCAGAAGGCCACUGAGCUGCUCCUGGACCCCGUCCGCCGCCGCCAAUUCGACUCCGUCGACGAGGGCGCCGAGGUCGAGCCCCCAAGUAAGUCCCAGAUCAAGAAGCCCAGCCACUUCUACAAGCUGUGGGGCGCCUUCUUCGAAGCCGAAGCCCGAUUCUCCAACAAGCAACCCGUCCCCAAGCUGGGAGACGACAACACCCCCGAGGCCGAGGUCCGCGCCUUCUACGACUUCUGGUACAACUUCGACAGCUGGCGUACUUUCGAGUACCUCAAUGAGGAUGUCCCCGAUGACGGCGAGAGCCGUGACCAGAAGCGUCACAUUGAGAAGAAGAAUGCCAACGCUUGCCGCAAGCGCAAGACCGAGGAUAUUGUUCGUUUGCGCAGUCUGAUCGACCAGGCUGCCGAGCAGGACGAGCGUAUCAAGCGCUUCAAGCAACAGGCCCGUGCUGGCAAGGAUGCCAAACGUAAGGCCAAGGAGGAGGAAGCCAAGCGUCUGCAAGAGGAGAAGGAGCGUAAGAAGGCCGAGGCUGAGAAGGCUGCCAAGGAGGCCGAGGAGGCUGCCAAGGCUGAGCGUGAGAAGAACAAGAAGGCCAAGGAGGCUGCUAAGAAUGCUGCUAAGAAGAACAAGCGUGUUCUCAAGUCAUCCGUCAAGGAUGUCAACUACUUUGCCGACGGUGAGGCCUCUGCUGCGCAGGUCGACUCUGUUCUGGGCGAUGUUGAGCUCAUCCAGAGCAAGAUCGAUGUUGAUGAGCUUGCUGCCCUUGCUGAGCGUCUGACCCUUGCCGGCAAGGAUAGCAAUGCUGUCAAGACUGCUUACACUGAGGAGGCCAAGCGCCUGGCUGGUGCUGGCAAGAUCAAAGAGGGUGAUGCUAAGUUCUUUGUUUAG